AUGACGAUCGGAACAAUGGAGGUGACGCUGGUGGGUGCUAAAGGUCUCAAAAACACAGACUUCUCGGGUGGUGGAAUAGAUCCCUAUGUUUUGGUUCAGUACAAAAGCCAGGAGCGCAAGAGCGGCGUUGCUCGAGGACAGGGCAGAGCUCCGGUGUGGAAUGAAAAAUUUAUGUUCAGGGUGGAGUAUCCAGGGGCAGAUGACCACUACAAGCUCAUCCUCAAGAUCAUGGACAAAGAUAGCUUCACUGCUGACGACUACCUAGGCCAAGCAACCAUCUACUUGAAGGAAUUUUUGGAAAUAGGAGUGGAGAAUGGAACCGCUGAACUACCUCCUCGCAAAUAUAGCGUUGUCUACAGUGACCAAAGUUACAGCGGAGAGAUUCAAGUUGGCAUCACCUUCAACCAAAAGCCAAGCGAGGAUAAGCAGAGAAGACUUGAUCUUAAGGAGGAGGAGGUUGAGAAAUUGGAAGCAGAAUUAGAUGGGGAGCUGAAACUGAAAAAGAUCUUGCAAUGUGCACUACAAGGACCUGUUCAUUCUUGCUCAUGUCUUUCCUCAUUGCUUCCAAACAAGGUUCGAGUGCUUCUUGCAGAACUGGCUAUGGUUGAAGAAGAAAUAAUUUGGCUGGAGAGAAAAGUGGAUGAGCUGAAAUUCAGCUUGCACCAAGAGAAAAGCAAGACCAAAGAACAAGAAAUGCUGUGGCAGCAAUGGGGGCAGCAGCAACAGAUGCAGUUAAUUAGCAGAGAGGGAAAUCAAACAGAGCUAAAGGAUUUUGAAUUGCUUUCCAGAUCACUAAAUUGUGAAGAAUAUAGAAAGGAUAAACUUGUGAGAGGCAGAAGAGCUUCUAUGGGGUCCUCAACGGAUAUCCAAAGCAUGUCUUCCACAAGAUCCACCGAGGAAAUUGCAGAGAAUUCAAGAUGUUCCAGAAGAGGCAGAAAUUAUAGCCAAACAGAUGCAGCUGUUGUCGAGAAACCAAAUAAGCUCUCAGAAGAACUGAUCAAAUGCUUGAUAGGCAUAUUUCUGCAACUGAACCAGGCACCAUUGGACACCAAAAGAUCUGCCAUUGUUCCCAAGUAUCCUCUCUCCUGCAAGAACUCAAAAGGAUUCAUGUCGAAAACCUCAUUCAACUGUACAAUACCUGCAUGUUCAUUCGAUGAUAGCUCGUCAAACCUUGACCCUUAUGGCAUAUUACCAGAUCUAGAUGGCACUAUCAGAGAUGUUGGCCCGUACAAAACUUUUGUCCAAAUCACCCGAAAUUCACUGGACACUGGCCGUGUUUCUGAAUGCUUUCCAGCGAUGGGAAAAUUGAGGAUAUUAAUGCAUAAGCUCUGCAAUGUGGACUUAACUUACUUGACCUACAAGCAGAAGUUAGCAUUCUGGAUUAACAUCUACAAUGGCUGCAUAAUGCAUGCAUUUUUACAACAUGGGUUGCCUUCCACACAGGAGAAACUACUAGCUCUCAUGAACAAGGCUGCUAUGAAUGUGGGUGGCAUUGUACUAAAUGCUUUGGCUAUUGAGCACUUCAUUCUCCGUCAUCCAUCAGAUUCUAAACAGGGGCCAACAGAUGAGAAGGAAAUGUUAUUGCGGCAUGCCUAUGGUCUAGGGUAUCCAGAACCUAAUAUCACAUUUGCUCUUUGCCGAGGCAGCUGGUCUUCACCAGCUUUAAUGUUGUGAUUGCAGAUAAGGAUCUAUACACCUGACACAGUUGUGAAUGAACUGGAGAGAGCAAAAGUGGAGUAUUUGGAAGCUUCUGUGGGAGUUACAAACAAGAAAAAGAUUGUGGUGCCAAAGCUUCUGCAGUGGCAUAUGAAAGAUUUCGCAGAUGACAUGGACUCGCUACUGGAAUGGAUUUAUAGCCAACUACCACAUUCUACCAUGUUGAAAAAGCUGAUCAUGGAGUGCCUAAAUGGUGAAGCAAAAUCUCCUAAUGCUAAAAUGGUAGAAGUUCAGCCUUAUGUUUCUGAGUUUCGCUAUUUGCUACCUUGGUAAGCAAAACAAAAGAAGGAGCAGUUGGACAAAGAACACCACCAAGAGAAGUUAAAGUUAUGGAAUUUCAAGGAAAAGAAAAGAAACAAGUCGAUAUUCUCACAAUCACUUGCAUUUUGAUGAAUGAGCUCAAAAUAGGUUAUGGUUCCUGAAUAUUGAUUCUUACAAGACUUCCAAACUUUAUUAUUGUAUUCUGAAUUUGACCCAUUUUUUAGCCCUUAGACUCCAAGGCAGAGAUAUAUUGCUUUGUAAAAGAUUACUUACCCUAUGGCAGACUCAAC